CUCCGGAAACAUGGUGGACAGAAAUGUAGGCCGACGAAGGAAGUGAGAGAGCGGAAAAAAAAGGGAACGGGGCAGCUUGACGCAUUAGGUUAUAAUACUCGAUGGAGUAAUCUAGUUUAUCUUUUCUACGCGAAUAUCUGCUCGUCGCCGUCGGCUCGGACGAGGAGGCGAGCGUCGACAGUGAUCAACAAUGCGACAAUGAAGAGACUCUACAACGAGUUUCUCGCGAUUUGCAUCGUGUUGCAUUGCUUGUACAUAGUAUGCACCACACACUUGCUCAUAAACGUCAAAAAUCAGGGCGGUGAUAUUCUUCUAGAAACAAUCUCAUCUAAUGUCACAGAAGAUCUGAUUACUCUCGAAUUUCAACGUUCCGAUGGCACACUGGUCACGCAACUUAUCGAUUUUAAAAAUGAAGUUCAAGUUAUAAAAGCUCUAGUUCUCGGUGAGGAGGAGCGUGGGCAAAAUCAGUAUCAAGUCAUGUGUUUCGUGAACCAUUUUUACAAAGUAGAUUUUAUAUCGUCUGACGCGAUGUCUAAACUACGCCAGAAGAAUCCGGGCACUGUACGCGUAGCGGAGGAAGACAGAGGUCAUGUCAAUUACACAAUGGACUUAUUUCUGGACGUUUCUCAGUCCAAGGAAAUUUCGAAGCAUGUUACCACGCUUUGCGCGGAAGCAGCUGGAUCGACAUACACCAGAAACGAUGAUAUAAAACAGUGGAUUCAAAGACCAGGUUCCUCCGAAGAGUUACUCAUGGCAGCUGUAUAUAACUUUACAAAUGUGCCACAAUCAGGCAUGAACGAUACAAGGUCAUUGUUGGUCUCGAAAUGUGCUGACACGUCAAAUCUCUGGGCACCUUGCACAUGCUCUCUCGAAUUAUGCAUCGGCUGGUAUCCGUGUGGUCUGAAGUUUUGCAAAGGAAAGUCAGAUGGCAAAAAGGUAGCAAGUACCUAUCGAUGUGGUAUAAAAACCUGUAAGAAAUGUUUUAUAUUCUCAUAUUAUUCCAAAAUGAAACAGAACUGUCUAUGGGAUGAAUGACAUAUAAGGACACUAUAGAUUAAAAUUUUGAAUAUGAGCUAUAAGCAGUUGUUGCAGUGCAAUAGAAAGAAAAUGAAAAAUACUAGAAACAAAUUAAAUAUCUUGAAAAAAUUUUUCUAAUUCUAGGUAGUCAAAAUGAAACAGAAUUCUCAAACUGAAACUUCUAAUACUUUUUUAUUAAUUUGAAUUUGUGUAUAUAGAUAAUUUAUAUAUAUUUUUUUUUAGUAAAUAUGAACUAAAAAUAUAUUUAUUAACAAUUCUCUUUUUUGAAUUGAUUUGAAUAUAAAAUUUUCUUGCUUUAUACAUUUUACUCUAUAGUGUAUUGUAAUUAAAGCCAAAGCAAAUCGAGCAAAAGUAUUUUUGCAAGAUUAAAUAUUAGACUUAUCUGGGAGAGGUCUGUAGAACUUUAUAACAAUAAGUGGAUUACACACUUUAAAAGAGUUUGUAUUAAAAAAAUAGAAAAAAUUUUGGUUUGACUUUUGUCUAGGGAAAAUCACUAAAUAUUUAAACACAUUGUUUAGGGUUUUAUAGAUCUUAUUAAAUAUACGAUUCAUAUACGUAAUUAUGUAGAUUUUACUGAGUGGAUAUUUGUAACAUUUGUAACUUUCAUUUCACCAAAUUUAUAUCAGAAUUUUCUUUCCAUACAUUCCAAGAUUUGUAAUAAGAUAUUUGGACAUAUUUUAUUACAAAUAUUGUUCUUAAUUCUACUUUUAUAGAGUUUGGCUUUCUGCUAGAAGAAAUUUAAAGAACGCAAAACUAUCCACAUACAGAUAGAAAUACAUAGAACAUUUCCUGUGAUUAGCAAGUACAUGUUCCAAAAUACUUUGAGAAUGCGUUUACUUCCAUUGAAUUAAUUUAUAACAUUCCCAAUCGUUAUAGUAUUUACAAGUGAAAUCAUUCCAGUUAUAUAUUUGCGAAUUUUUUUUAUUACCUAUCUACUAUAUCUCUUUACUAUUAUAGUUGUCAUCCUGACUAUAUGUUACAAAUAAUCCAUUCAAAAUACAGAAAUGUUCUAUUUUAUUUCUUGAAUAGUAACAUCAAGAUAAUUUUUACGUAGAGAAUUUUAUACGUGAUUUGUAAAGCUGCCAUUUAUACACAUUGUAUGUGUAUACAUUAUAUGUUAUAAUUGUACAUAAAACAUAUAUAUGCAGAGUCACAAAUAACAAUAGAUACAUAUAUGAAUUAGACAUAUAAAUUCGUGUACAUAUAAAUUUGUGUUACUAGCCGAAAGUUGUACAGUUUAUGUAAGAUUUGCAGUACUAUGUGAGACUUUAUAAGAAUAUUAUCGAUUUUUAUGAAUACGUAAAGUAUCUGCAAUUUGUAACGAAUGUCACGUGCACGUUUUAACGAGAGCUAUAAUUAGCGGAUCAUCGUAAAUAAGACUGCAAAAUCUGUCCAUUUAACGUAUAAUGGUAUAAGCCAUUGCUCUCUGAAAUUUCUCGCAUAUACGUUGUAUUUACAGUAAGAGAGAUCGUUCAAAGCGAGGGAAUACAUACGUAUAUACUUACGCUUGUAUGUACCGAUGUUCACGAAAUAUUUACGGUAAACAUCUACCAGUAUCUGGUCUCGUUUUAGUCAGCAGCCACUAUACUGUGAAUAGAAAAUGUACAAUACAAUGUGUUAACAGUGCCGGAAAGAAUAUACUCGGCACGAUUCCCCGAAUAGACCUCGCCACUUAUUAUUCUUUUAGCCUUCGAUUGCUACGAACGCAGAAAUAGUGAUAAAUCGAGGCAUUCACAUGAUAACUAUGGAACAGAGCCUGGAUUAUAAGCGAUUAAAAUUAUUUUAAAAAUUAAAUUUAUUAUUAAUCGAAUUCAAGAUUUUUAUAGAUAUCAAAUACAAAGUACGUAUAUAAUUCUACAAUAGAAAUAAUUUUUUUUUUAUUUAGAAAAUUGAAAUUAUUUUAUUUUUUUCGUUGCACGCACAAGUUAACAGGAUUUUAUAUUCUUAUUUGAAGUUGUAUUUUAAAUAUAACAUCAAGUAAGAAAGGUUAUUAAAAGAAUCCAUUUCUUUAAAUUUCUUUAUCUUGAUAAAAAUCCUGGUUCUGCUACGAACGAUUGAUAAAUUGCAUUGAGCGACGUCAGCCUCGUAUAUACUAUAUACCAUAUUGUAAUGGUAAAGCAAACACAAACGUCGUACAACUCAAUUGUAUUUAUAUGUAAAUCAAUGGGGAUUAAUACAUGAUAUGUAACAAAAAAAGUUCGUAAAUAAUACAUUAUUUGUGUAGGAAUAUAUGUGUACAGAAUCAGCAGAGAAAUUCAGAGAGAUUAAUUUUGAGAUCUUACUUUGGUGUACUGACUUUAGUAAUCAUUUGUUACAAUAGUGGCUUUGUGACGGAUAUUAGAAAGGGCGAUAUGUGCAAUAACAAUUUCUAGAUAAUGAGAGAGGAUAUUUAUGAUUAUCCUAUUAUAGACCGGAUAUUAUGAAAUAUUUAUAAUAAUUUAUUUAAUACUUGUUUUCUUCAUGUGCCUGUUGUUUAAUAUAAAUAUAUUAUAUUUAUUUGGUAAAAGACUUUACCUAUAGCUGUCUGAGAUCUUCUGACGCAAGAAGCGUCAUAAUUAUAUAAUGGAAAAUGAGAAAUAUUCAAUGUUUAACUAUUGUAUCAACCCCCUUUGAUAUAAUUUAUGGGUAUCACUACACUAUGUAUGAUUUCAGCUUUACACAUAAUGUUGUAUCUUAUACACAUAUUUUUUAUAUAUAUUUAAUAAAAAGAAUUAAUAUACA